AUGGGGACGUUCGGGUCGCAGACCAGCGUGUACAAUCGGCUGGUCUCUGUCUUCGUGGCCAUUGGGUCAUUGACCUACGGUUAUUGCGCCUCUAUCAUUUCCAGCACCAUCGGUCAGCCCGGGUGGUAUGCCUACUUCAACCUACCCACCGAGAAAGAGCCCGGGUAUGCCACCGUCACCACUCCAAUCAUCGCCACAGCCAAUGGUGUUUUCAGCGCCGGAGGGGCCGUAGGGUCCCUCUUCAUCAUGUGGUCGUGUGAAUUUUUUGGUCGCAAAGUCAACAUUCAGUUGGGGGCCUUCUUUUCCAUGUUUGGAGGUGCCCUCCAAGGUGGUGCAAACUCUAUCGAGAUGUUCCAAGCCGGUCGCUUUAUCUGCGGUCUUGGAAUUGGUAUCCUCGUGACCGUGUGUCCCAUGUACCUCUCGGAGAUGUCGAGUGCCUUCCGCCGAGGCUGGCUCGUCGGCCACCACGCCAUCUUCCUCGUCUUCGGGUACAUGCUCUCGGGCUGGGUUGGCUUCGCUUGCUACUACGCCGAGGGAAAGCUGGGCACAUUUGGGUGGAGGUUUCCCCUGUGCCUUCAGUGUCUGCCGGCCCUGGUCCUCCUGCUGGGAUCCCCAUGGCUGCCUCGGUCCCCGCGGUGGCUCAUCUCCAAGGGCAAAUUUGAGGAGGCCAAGGUGGUGCUGGAGAAACUCCGCGCAUCGCCGGAUGACCCCCAGCACCUCGUCGCGAAGGAGGAACUCUACCAAACAAGGGAACAGAUCCGUCUGGAAGCGGAGCGACUGGCUACGUAUGGCAACGUGUGGAAAGCGGUGCUGCAGAAGCCAUCCUAUAGGAAGCGUAUGGCCAUCGGCUUUCUCACCCAAUGGGGUGCGGAAUUUGGCGGCCCUCUCAUCAUCAACAACUAUGCCGUGAUCCUGUACACGAAUCUGGGAGAGACUGGAUCGAUGCCCCUGCUUCUUUCUGCCGUCUGGCUAACCACAGCUGGUGUCAUUUACAACCCUCUGGGUGCCUGGCUGCAUGACAAGGUGAACUCGCGUCGCGGCAUGUACAUCACCGGUUUUGUGGGGAUUAUCGUCAGCACGAGCUGUCUAGCUGCGAUGACGGCCGAGUAUACCGGUGCCGAGUAUGCCGGUACCACGAACAAGGUCGGAAACGGCUUUGGCAUUUUCUUCAUAUUUCUGUAUUUGGCUUUCCAGGGAACCUGUUGCGACACCACGAUGUACCUCUACGUGUCGGAAAUCUUCCCAACCGAAAUCCGACCAAUUGGCAUGGGAUUUUCGCUUUUCGGGCAGUUUGCCGCGACCCUCAUUCUGCUUCAAACUGCCCCCAUGGGUUUCGCCGACGCUGGCUGGAAGUACUAUCUGGUCAUCAUCUGCUGGUCGGCUGUCUUCAUUCCCAUAAUUUAUUUCUUCUUCCCCGAAACCGCCCGUCUCACGCUGGAGGAGAUCGCCAAGAACUUCGGCGAAGAAGUCGCCGUGAAUCUCACCGACGCAACGGACGAAGAGAAGGCCCAACUCGAGCGGGACAUUGUCGCGCGCUCGGACAGCUUGGUGGCAGGCGACGACACGCGCGAGGAGAUGGAAGCCACCAGCACCACGCCCGAUUCGGACAGGAGAGAAUAA